GGCCAGCCUGGUCUGCAGAGUGAGUUCCAGGACAGCACGUGCUGCACAGAGUAACUCUGUCUCAAAAAAAACCAAAGAAGACGAAGAAAAAUAUGCAUUUUCCUGAUUCUAGCAUAGCUGGCAGUGUUUUCAGUAAAAGAUGGCCUUCAUGAAGAUGAGACGGGUUUAUGCUUUCAUUCUGAUGAUGGGCGCUCUUUGCUUGUACUUCAGCAUGGAGCUUUUUGAGGAACCACCACGUUUUCUCAAGAAAGGUCAGGGGAAGUUCCUCCAGCUCCCAGAUAUUGACUGCAAGCAGAAGCCCCCUUUCCUUGUGCUGCUGGUGACUUCGUCCCACAAGCAGCUGGCGGCCCGGAUGGCCAUCCGCAAGACGUGGGGUAGAGAAACAGAGGUGCGGGGGCGGCGUGUGAAGACCCUCUUCCUCCUGGGGGCCUCAGACAGCACCGAUGAAAUGAAUGCCAUAGCCCAGGAGGGGAAGCAGCACCGUGACAUCAUCCAGAAGGAUUUCAAGGACGUCUAUUUCAACUUGACCCUGAAGACCAUGAUGGGCAUGGAAUGGGUCCACCACUUUUGUCCUCAGGCAGCUUUUGUGAUGAAGACAGACUCAGACAUGUUUGUGAAUGUUGGCUAUCUGACUGACCUGCUGCUAAAGAAAAACAAAACCUCCAGUUUCUUCACAGGCUACAUAAAGUCCAAUGAACUUCCCAUCAGGCAAAAGUCCAGCAAGUGGUUUGUGAGUAAAUCUGAAUAUCCCCAGGACAAGUACCCACCUUUUUGUUCUGGUACAGGUUAUAUCUUUUCUAGGGAUGUGGCCAGCAAAGUUUACAAUGUCUCAGAUAGUGUUCCAUUCCUCAAGCUGGAGGAUGUGUUUGUCGGGCUCUGCCUGGCCAAGCUGAAGAUCCGGCCUGAGGAACUCCACACCAAACAGACCUUUUUCCCAGAUAGCUUAAGGUUCUCCGUUUGUCUCUUUCAGAAAAUUGUGACAUGCCACCAUGUGACGCCCCAGGACUUACUCAUUUACUGGCAGUUACUGGAGAACUCUCAGGAACAGAAUUGCUCUUCUGUCUGAGGGGAGCCUGUGUCAAACUUUCAAUAACCUUUGGUGAUAAUUUGGGAAGAUCUGGGAUGGCCUUUCUGGGAACUGUCAGGGGAAGAGAGAGAAGAAGCAGUAAGGCAAACAGUGUUGUUUUCAAUGUCCUGCAUAUACUAGAGUGGAUGUACACACAAAUAGAGUUAAGACUUGUUUCCACUUGGCACCCAGAGCAAUAACAAAUCUCAUCCCUUAGGCUUUUGCACUAUGUUCUCAAUGUUUGAGACAUGUAUUCAUCUGAUCAUUUCAGGGCUCAGUACAUAUAUGAAGCCAUGGAUAUAAUUAUUCCCAUUUUACAGGUUAGGAACCAGCAGCCAUGGCCACUUAAUUGUCCAAAGACUCCAAUGAAGGUGCAAGUCACAAAACAAUCCUACACCAGUUUGGAAUUAUGAUUAAUAAAAGGGAUUUUUAAGGGGAAAAAACUUACAGAUCACCAUCCCAGACAACAGCCCUCUGUGUGAUCAGGAAUGAAGUCUAAUAGCUGGAAGGCAGAAGCAAGAGAGAGAGAGUGCAUGGUUACCACUGCUUUUUAAAGCAAAAGAGACCAUGCCCAAGUGGGCUGGCAUCUUAAAGGCAAUUGGCUGAGGGAGCAGAAGAAGGAGCUCCUGCAGCUCAUCCCUGUUUUGUUUAAGUAAGAGAGUUCCAAACCCAAUACAAAACAAUAUACACUAGGAACAUAUAUCAAGUAUAAGAUUAAAAUUAUAAUCAGCAUAAGCAAUAUUAAGUAAGGAGCAUAUGCUAAAGGUUUUAAUAAACAUUCUACACUAAAAAGUCUAAAUAUUGUAUUGGAAAUUGCUUUCCUAGAUCAUAAGAGGACAGUAACUACAACUAUCUAAUCUUCAACCCUAUUGAAGGCCUGAGAAGGGAGGUAACAUUACUUGAGCAGGUAGGAAGUACAAUCAAGUAGCUUCCAGAGCAAGCAAUAUAUAACAGAGACAAUUAGCUACCUGACCAAUCACCCAAAAUCUUAUUUUGCAAUGUGAAGCAACCAACUUUGGCUAUGGCCUAGCAUAAAUGACAGGCCAUUUUCAGAGGCAGGAAAUUUUUUCAAAAUAUUCUUAUCCUGUCUUGGCAAGAUUUGACAGUUCUACAUAUCCAUUUCCAGAUAUCAUGUAACUUGUCACUGGUUGAAGCAUGGGCAUUUUUUUUUUGCCCAAAGGCCAGUUUUGACAAGAAGAAAACAAACUCCAAGUGGAUUGUCUUUGGUGCUCAAUAUUCUCUCGGGAAUAGAUUGGUAUUGCCAGAAACAGUCAUGUGUCAUAUCAACAGAACCCUAAGUUAUUUAAAUGCCAUGUUCUACAGAUCCUUGAAGUGACUGAAUAUUCCCUAUCUAGACAGAAUACAGUCUCUAUAUUUAGGAUAUUAAAUCUUAUCUGUGGUUUAAUUAGUUGGAUUGGGUGCAAUAACAGUUACCUGUAAGUAGGUGUUGCAGGCCACCUACAAAACUAACCCAGCGGGAUAUAAUGGUGUACAUGAACUCACGUGGCUGGUUUGAAAUCUGAUUAUAGAGCAGAUUGCUGAAAGAUAAAUCACAGACUGUGUGCUCUGCAGAUGUCUCUAGAGUAAUGGAAUAGGCAGAUGCAAACUAAUCAUUAGAAAGCUGUAGAACAGCUGGCUCAAAUCAAGGAAGCCCGCAUCUCACCCAGAUUUCUGUGGUGCACCCUGGUGGGAGGCAAACUGUAGGGUGUGUGGGGACUUGAACCCAGUCCGAGGUGUGUAAACAGAAAAUACAAAGAAUUGCGGCAAGAAAAGCCACUGUGCAAGAUUCUAUAUUGAACUGCCGGCUUCAUGUACAGGCUGCAGCUGAGGGAGGGCUUGUGCCAAGGCCAUUUGGUGGUAGACAGCCAUGCUGGGGAGGUUCUAAAACCAAACAUUGGGUGCCAGGUGAAGGCAUAAGUCACAAAACAAUCCCACCCCCAGUUUGGAAUUAUGAUUAAUAAAAGGUUAUUUAUUUAAGGGAAAAAAAUUAUAGAUGACCAACCCAGACAAUAGCCCUCUGCAUGAUCAGGAAUGAAGUCUAACUGCCAGAAGCUGGAAGCAAGAGAUUGAGAGCAUGCACAUGGCUACCGCUGCUUUAUAAAGCAAAAGAGACCAUGCCCAGGUGGCAUGCCCAGGUGGACUGGUAUCUUAAAGGCUAUUGGCUGAAGGAGCAGAUGGAGCAGGGAUGAGGAUCAAGUGCUAUCAUAAUUCAGUUGGUGCCCCCCAACUGAGUGUCCCAUUCUUUGGAAGAGAGUGGUAAUGGAAGAAACUUAGGAUGGGUGUCUUAAAGUUAACAAGCAUCCUUCAGGUCCUUUCCCUAGUCUCCUGCUCCUCACUUCCCAAUUCUUCUACUUUUUAAAUGCUAAGUCUGGGAUGAACCAGCUUUCCCAGGCCCCUUGGUACCCAAUGCAUCUUCAACAUGAGACAUGCAUGCCUGCCGAUACUAGCUCACCUCCAUCCUAGAAGGAAACUGGGUUAUAUGACCAUGUAAAUCAGGUUGAGAAAUCAUAGCUGAGUCUUAUUGUAUAGGCCAAACAUACUGUUGAGAUUCUAGUGAGGGUUAAGUUUUCUCCAAACCUUCUGAGCCACCUGGUCUCUGCUGAGGAUGUCUGAUGGAUUGAUUGUGAUCAGUUAUAGCUCUGGAGCACUUCAGACCUCUAAGUUCAAACUCAAGACACAGUUAUCGUCUCUAUGGGUGUCCAGGAACUUUGCUGGAACCUGGACUGGUCCAACCUCCUGGGAUGCAGAGCUUGGAGGAAGGCACAGUUGAAGGGUUCUCCCUGCAUCUGUGAUCCUUCCUGACCCAGGAUCUUCACACAGCACUUAUCGCAGGGUCAUAGAUCCACGGACUAUUCUGGUUCAGAAUUUAACCGUGAAGGUUUUCAGAGCUGGGUAAAAACAGGGGCUCAUGGCCAUUCAGUCACUGUCACCAGUCAAGUAAUCUUGGUCUGUGUCAUGGGAAUUAUUGUUUCCCCUGCCUUUUACUUUACCAGUAAAAGGUAAAGUACUGUGUGCUUGGAGCCAAGGCUUCAUGUGACUGUGUGACUGUAAACAUUGCAAUAUGCUCUCAUCUGAACACCGGAAAAUUUACUCAAGUCAAAACUGUUACUCCUCCAAUUGGAGGAGUCUGGAAGCUACCUCCAGGGCCUCACUUGGUCCUAUAUCUCCUCUGAGUCUCUCCCAUAACUCUUGGGGGGAAAUUGUAUUCUUUGUGACAUUUUUCAAAAUCAUACAGCACCAAGUUCUGGACCCUUAGUUCAGAAAAUGUGAAAAUCUGAGCCGGGGAAAGAGAAAGGGUGAUUGUUCCUGGGUGUGUACUAGGGACUACAAACAACGCCAAAAUCAAGCCAGGUCUUCUCUUGACAGAGAGGAAAGCCAAGGCUUGUAACAAUAUUGUUGCUUUGCUGUCUAGAGGGUGGAAGAGCUGGAAUGAGGACCUGGCACCAGUUGCUCUGCAUCAGACCUUCUCUUUAUUCAUUCCUUCAUUAGCCAUGUCUGCUCACUGCAUUCACACAUAUCACGAGCAAGGUCAAGGUGAGGGUCUCCAGACAGCAGACCUGAGUGAGCACUCAGUCCCAAGAAUCUGGUUGGGCACAGGUUCUCUUGGUCUAUGCGCAG